GAGAGAGAGAGAGAGAGAGAGAGACAUUGCCCAAACCUUUUAUUUUCCGGAUGGAGGUUUCAGAAUUAGACGACGCAUUGAAGGUAGUGCAUUCUUCCGUUUCUCAAAUCAAAUGGAAACUGAAACCAGCAGCUAAGCGUCGACUCGACAUAGAUAUCUUAGCCUUGUGCACAGGAUUAAGGCCGGUAGUGAUGAUUGACUAUGGUGGAAAAAUGCCUGAACUUCAGGAACGACUCUGCACUGUCUUUCAACUUAGUCAAAAGGAAUCAUUGGUUUUGCAGCCUUUGAGAGUAAUGGUUAUAGAAGAUAUGAUUUAUUUGAUACAUGUUGGAGGACUUGCUGAGUUUGUAGAGUCAAGCCUAAACUCAGAGAUAAAAAUUCACUUUGUAGAUCUUCAACAGGAUCCUCCAAAGAUGGUGAUACAGACAGAGCAAAAUUUGGUAGCAACAGAACUUAAAGAAAUCCAGAAGUUCUUCUUGUCAGUAUUUUCUGUUGAUGGAACAAACAAAGACCUCUUGCCAUGUGCCAGGGAAGUUCAUCCGGUGGACGGUAAAUCACCAGUUGGUGGUGUCAUUGCUUCUCAAUGUUCUGAGUUCAUCGAUCUCAGUGACUGCAUGCAAGACACACACGUCACUGUGCCAACCCUAAAUGGAUGGCUUCUGGGUUAUCCAGUAGUAUACUUGUUUGAUAGGGAUCACAUUGCAGAUGCUAUAUAUAAUCUGUCCACCAAGUCUCUUCGUCUCUUCAAGGUUUCAGUCUGCAGAAAUGGUAUCUCCGGUAAAGGAUCUCAUCAAGAAGAACUAAUGAGCUUCUCUGUGCCUUAUGAUCUGAGUAUGGGAGGGAAGAAUGAAUCAUGGGCUGAUGACUUUCUUGCUCACUUGCUGAUGAAGUUUGAAAAAUGCAAGCAUGCAUGGAGGGAUUUGCAGAUGGACGUUAGCGAAUGCUACCCACAAGCAAUCGUGCUGUAGUAGU